CCAUUCCAAAGAUAACCUUUUACACCAUAUUUGACUACGAGGAUCUUUAGGCUUUGCAAGCGAUAGUUAUUGUUGCUCGUUUUUAAUAUCCACGCUCUGCUGAGACUGAUCUUUCGCAAAUCUCCAAACCUGCAUAUUAGUCGGCCAGCCUUCCCAUCAAAAUGGCCAGCAGCAUCGACAUCUUCCACCACGCCCAGAUCACCAAACUCCGCGACACCGCCAACCAGGCCUACCGCAAAUCCAACUACGCCGAGGCCGUCAAGCUCUACACCUACGCCAUCGAUAUGGCUCUCAGUCGCCCCGGCUGGGAACCCAUCAACCUGGUCCGUGACGAGUUAUCUGGUCUGUACGCCAACCGCUCGCAGGCGUACAUGGCGCUGCAGGCCUGGCCCGAGGGAAUGAUCGAUGCCAAGGCCAGCUGUGAUUGCAAGCCUGUUGCGAAUGUGAAGGCUUGGUGGCGUGCGGGCAAGUGUCUGGCUGAGAUGGGUCGCUGGGAGGAGGCUAAGACUAUUCUCGAGCGUGGACUGGACGUUGAGGGGAAGACUGGUGAGGGUGGCAAGGAACUGGGGGCGUUGUUGGAGGAGGUUCAGCAGAGACUACUACAGAAGUCGGCAUAGUUGAUGUCGACCUGCAUUGGCUCGAGCCACUUUGGUUGCUGAGUGUGGAAGUCUUUCUAUGGUGAAUUACGAUAUCUGCAGCCCAGUUUGGCUGACUCUAUCCUGCUCAUUUGUUGCGAUUCAUGGUUGUCUUUGGCGUUAAUGGAAUGAUGGGUUUAUUUGCUGUUUUUGUAAUCAUGACUGGUCUUCAAGAUAGAGCGUCACAACACUUAAAAAGAUCGUUUAACAAACACAAUAGUGACCACUAAGAUUGUGACGUACG